AUGGCCGUCAUCCAAGUCAUGGCCAUGAGACAGAACCCUCGAGAUUCAGCCCACUGGGCCGAACGCCAGAUCUUGCUGGUCGAAUGCAAGCGCCCAUCCAGCGACACUCCCGCGGGCUGGGAGAACACCAUUCAUGGGCAGUUCCUGGACGAUCUCUCGCAGACCUUGAACGCUUCGGAGAGAAUAUAUGGAGCAGUUGCGAUAGGCUCAAAAGUGAGAUUCUACCGUUUUGAUGGCACCGCACCGGCCAAUCAGCAACUCGUUCAGCUUCACCAGGGCACCAUUGACAUGUGCGCCCCAAAUGGCAUCGGUCAGGUUGAGAGUAUGAUGAACUACAUCAAGGCCAAUGGGUGGCAGUGGGCCAUUUGA